CGCGAGCCCCGCCCAUCGGCGGCGCAAGAUCCUUCAGAUGAAACGUGCUGGAGAAACAUGGUGGGAUUUUCGGACGGAGCGGACGGAAUCACGUGUUCAUCAACAACAAUCCUAUUUACGACGACGACGACGACGACUGCUACUACUACUACCACCACCAAGACAUGAAAAGACCGGCAUGAAACCACUCUCCUUUGCUUCACCAAAGACUGUGUUCAGAUGCAGGGAAGUGGUGAAGCCAUUUGGCUCAAAGUGUCGAGUGACGCCCGUCAUGGCUGCAAAACGUCAACGCCAGGCCUACGUCCUAAAAUGCACACACAGUUCGGAUCUCUUCAACGAAGACAGAGACUUGCUCAGCAAGUCACAUUGUGAAGACUUGGAGGGAGAGAUGGAUGAGGACGCGGAAUGGGCAGAUUAUGGAGGCAGGGGCUGGACCUUCGUCACAGACGAGCAGGAUGGAUUGCGGGACGAAUCAAGUGACGGAGACGAUGAAGAAGAGGAAGAAGAGGAGAAGGAUGGCUACCGCCUGGACAAAUUAUUUGGAGGGGCAGUACACAUGGAGGAGGAGAUCGAGGAGGGGGAGCUGGAGGAGCACGAGCAGCCUGCUCAGGAGCACAAGCGCCGCCCCCCGGCGGCCAAGUUCACCACUGCCAGCGAGCUCCUCUCCUACAAGAAGUAUUUGACGGGCCUGCGCGAUAGACAGAAGGAUUCUGAGGCGGAGGGAAUUCUACAGGCCCUUUUGAGCAAGAAGGUGCGACAAGCAGAUCUCGAAGAAAGUGGCAUCCGAAUGGAGCUGUCAUCCUCACACUGGCAGGAGAAUGGAUCACCCGCGAUUGCAAGGCUGGCGCAAGAUUUGCUCAAGCGGCGGUGGCAGCCGCGUGGGAAGGCAGGAGCAAAGCCACGUGCAAAGGCAGCAGGGAAGCCGCAAGAGAAGGCAGCACCGAAGCCAGCAGAAGCAAAGCCCAGGGCAAAGGCGAAGUCAGCCAUGAAGGCAUUGCCAAAGAGAAUGGCAGUGCCAAAGGCCCGGGCGAACACGAAGGCAGCCAUCAAGGCAUCCCCGAAGAUGGCAGUGCCAAAGCCCAAGGCGAAGGCGAAGGCAAAGCCGCAGGAGAAGAACAAAGCACACGCCAAGACAAAGUCAAAGCAGAGCGCGAAAGCAAAGCCAACGAGAGCGGCUUCGAAGGCAGGACGUGCGAAGGCACCCAACACACGAGUGAAAGCAGCGACGCCGCGGGCGAAGGCAGCGGCGAAGCGGCAUAGCUGAGAGGGAUUAUUAGCUGGGUUGAGGUCAGCCAUGGACGGAGGUCCCUGAUUGAAAGGAGAUCCCUUUUUGAAGGGGUCCUUCUUUGUCCCUCAUGAGGGAUAAUGAUGCAAU